AUGAACGAUCAGAAUUGGAAGACGUUGUCCAACGAGUUGAGGCGUAGGGCUCAGCAGGCUCGUCAAUCGGGUGGAGGAAAGGGCCCAAGAAAUCCAUUGGCCAUCUUUGGUGGGAUCGGAGGUCUUUUGGCAUUGGGUGGAGUUGCCUUGCUUGCUGAAAAUGCAUUGUUUAACGUAGAUGGUGGUCAGCGUGCUAUAUUGUAUUCGAGGAUUGGUGGAGUGCAACAAAAGAUCUACCCUGAAGGUACACACUUUGUGGUUCCUUGGUUUCAAAGACCUAUCAUUUACGACGUUAGAGCAAAGCCAAAGGAGAUUGCAUCAUUGACGGGUACGAAAGAUUUACAAAUGGUGAACAUUACUUGCAGGGUAUUGUAUAAACCAGACAUUUUUGAAUUGCCAACCAUUUUCAGGACGUUGGGUACAAACUACGAGGAACGAGUUUUGCCUUCAAUUGUCAAUGAGGUAUUAAAGUCAGUCGUUGCUCAAUUUAAUGCAUCACAGUUGAUUACUCAAAGAGAAAAAGUCUCGAGGUUAGUCAAGGAAAACUUGUUGCGUCGUGCCUCCAAAUUCCACAUUGCAUUGGAUGAUGUAUCUUUAACCUACAUGACAUUUUCACCCGAGUUUAGUGCCGCUGUUGAAGCCAAGCAAAUUGCUCAGCAGGAUGCACAGAGAGCAGCGUUUAUUGUCGACAAGGCCAUCCAAGAGAAGCAACAGCUAGUUGUUAAAGCUCAAGGUGAAGCCAAGUCAGCCGAAUUGAUUGGUGAAGCCAUCAAAAAGUCUAAAGAUUAUGUUGAAUUGAAGAGGUUGGAUACAGCUAGAGAAAUUGCCAAUAUCUUGGCCUCAUCUCCAAACAGAAUUAUUUUGGACAAUGACACUUUAUUGUUGAAUACUGUUGCUGACAGUCGUAACAAUAGAAAGUAA